CUUCAUUUUGGGCUCAGCGAGUUCUGUUGCUUAGUCGGUCGUUGGUCGGUGCAGUUGCGCGAUCGAUAUUUGCGCGAGAUUCGUCACUCCGAGACCGGGCGGUUUCUAUCGAACGGCGUGCUCCGUGCGACAUCGUGGUGGAUUUUUGCGUUCGCGAGUCGAUAGAAUAUUUAAGGGGGUGGGUGAUCGCAUUCUGCCGGCUUUCGAGCAGUUUUUUGGAUUUCCUAGCGAAUAUUCAGUAGAAUUCGGUUUGUUCAAGGUUGAAUUGGAUUGAAAAAAGAUCACUAUGAACGGUCUAAAUGGUCACCAGAACGGUGAUACCAACGGCUGUGGUGACAUUAUCUCCCAAAACCAACAGAAAGGUUGCUGGACAAUAGGUUUGAUCAACUCCAAGUUUCGCUACCUCACAGCAGAAACCUUUGGGUUCAAAAUCAACGCAAAUGGAGCUUCACUGAAAAAGAAACAAAUCUGGACCUUGGAACCGGACCUUAACAACAGUGGAGAAAGUUUAAUCUACUUGAGAUCACACCUGGAUAAGUACCUUGCCGUGGAUUCCUUUGGAAAUGUCACUUGCGAAGGUGAAGAGAAAGAUCCAGGAAGUCAGUUCCAGAUCAGUGUUGCUGAGGAUGGUACUGGAAGAUGGGCAUUCAGAAACGUUGUCAGGGGAUAUUUCUUGGGUGCAUCGGCUGAUAAAUUGGUUUGCACUGCAAAGGUACCUGGCGAUGCAGAAUUUUGGCAUGUCCAUCUUGCCGCUCGCCCACAGAUGAACUUGAGGUCAGUGGGUAGAAAAAGGUUUGCUCAUCUUUCAGAGAGCCUGGAUGAAAUCUACGUGGACGCUAACAUUCCCUGGGGAGAAGACACCCUUUUCACCCUCGAAUUCAGACAGGAUGAGGGUGGGAAAUAUGCCAUACACACUUGCAAUAACAAAUAUCUGUCAUCUAAUGGUAAACUGGUGGAUGCCUGCAACAAAGACUGCCUUUUCUCCGCCGAGUACCACAGCGGUCAACUGGCCCUCAGGGACAGACAAGGACAGUACUUGAGCCCUAUCGGUUCUAAAGCUCUGUUGAAAAGCCGUUCCAACACUGUAACCAAGGACGAACUGUUCUCUUUGGAGGAUUCCUUGCCCCAGGCCAGUUUUGUAGCCGCGUUGAACAGCAGAUUUGUCUCUGUUAAACAGGGUGUUGAUGUAACUGCCAAUCAAGAGGAGAUCUCCGAUCAUGAGACUUUCCAGCUUGAAUUCGAUUGGAGUACCAAAAGAUGGUACAUUCGCACAAUGCAGGACAAGUACUGGACCUUAGAAACGGGAGGUGGUAUUCAAGCAUCAGGAGAUAAAAGAUCAUCCAACGCCUUGUUUGAUCUCGUUUGGCAAAACGACGGAUCUGUGGCAUUCAGGGCCAAUAAUGGUAGAUACGUCAUCACGAAACGAAGCGGCCAUUUGUUCGCAACCAGUGACGUCAUCGAUGACGAUACAUGCAAGUACUAUUUCUACCUGGUGAACAGACCCAUACUGGUGCUGAAGUGUGAACAGGGCUUCGUGGGGUAUAAGGCUGCUGGAAAUGCCAAGCUGGAGUGCAAUAAGGCUACUUACGAGACUAUUCAAGUGGAGAGGGGAGAUAAAGGCCUAGUAUACUUUAAAGGCCAAAACGACAAAUACUGGCACGUUGACAGCGAAAGUGUCAACGCCGACUCAGAUACACCUGUAGGAUUCUAUUUAGAACUGCGCGAACCUACGAGACUUUGUAUUAAGACUACAUCAGGAAACUACCUAACUGCCAGCAAGAACGGUUGCUUUAGACUGGGAGAUAGUUCAGUAGAACACGCUACACAGUGGGAGUACUAAACGAAGUCUACAUCUACAUUAUUGGUUUCGAUUUUAAAAAUG